CAUGAGCUGGACUUGCCCGCGUUGCCAGCAGCCUGUUUACUUCGCUGAGAAAGUGAGCUCCUUGGGCAAGAAUUGGCACCGCUUCUGCCUGAAAUGUGAGCGUUGCCACAGCAUCUUGUCUCCCGGUGGGCACGCAGAGCACAACGGGAGGCCAUACUGCCACAGGCCUUGCUAUGGGGCUCUCUUUGGACCUAGAGGGGUGAACAUUGGUGGUGUGGGCUGCUAUCUCUACAAUCUUCCCCCCACCUCCCCUGCCAGCAUUUCCCUCAGCCCCAGCAACUUCAGCCCCCCCAGGCCGAGGACUGGCCUCCCCCAUGUCAAGAAAAGCCCUCCCCACAUGAAGACAUUCACUGGGGAGACCUCGCUGUGUCCUGGCUGUGAGGAGCCUGUCUAUUUUGCUGAGAAGGUGAUGUCUCUGGGCAGAAAUUGGCACCGACCCUGCCUGAGGUGCCAGCGUUGCCAGAAGACCUUGACUGCUGGGAGUCAUGCUGAGCAUGAUGGCGUCCCCUACUGCCACAUCCCCUGCUAUGGCUACCUGUUUGGCCCCAAAGGUGUGAACAUUGGCGAUGUGGGCUGCUACAUCUAUGAUCCAGUGGAGAUAAAAUCUAAAUGAGCCAAUCACAGAAGAGGUCACCCUAUUUGGGGCUUUCUACCAUCUUCUCCAUGAUCCAGUGGAAGCUCUGGAAUUCCUCAGUCCCUUGGGAUGGGGGAAGGUGGGAUCCUGGGGGCUUUGGACCUAUGCUCUGCAGUAGGCCAGAGACUUUCUCUGCCAAUUCUUCCCUCUCCCGUACCUAUCUCGACAGGGAGCAUAUGCAGCCCACUGUGGUCAUCUCCUGGCCUUCGCAGUCCCUCUGCCAGCAAACUCUGCAGCUUCCACAUGCU